GACCCUAUCAUUCUCUAGCUAACCGGGAGCGCCUAGGGUGGCGCUGUCGAACCUAAACUGACUCGUCAUGACAAGAACCAGUCAAAAGGGGCAGAAGUCGUUUGUACUUGGGACACACAAGGUAUGUAAAUGUCUGAGGAUAAGGAAGCCCAGGAAAACGAACUGCUUGCUUUAGCAAGUAUCUAUGAUGAAGAGGAGUUCCGACAGGCGGAGUCUGCUCAAGGAGGAGAGAUACAACUGUGUCUGGAGCUCCCUCCUGAUUUCAAGCUGGUUGUAAAAGGAGAGAAGACAGCUGAAUAUAAUGUCUGCUUUUUGCCUCCUCUGGUGCUCAAUUUUGAGCUUCCGGCAGACUAUCCAUCUACAUCCCCACCGAUCUUUUCACUCAGCUCCAAAUGGAUGGCCAAAGCUCAGCUGAGCUCUCUCUGCCAGCACUUGGAUGAGUUGUGGGAAGAAAACCGGGGUUUCGAGGUUCUCUUCACAUGGAUCCAGUUUCUCAAAGAGGAGACUCUAGACUUUCUGAGCAUCCAGUCUCCUCUUGAACUCAACAGAAGCAGCAGUAAGGGUCUAGGUGAACGACGGAAAACGGAUCCAGCAGCCAAAGCUGGGGCACAGUGCGUGAGUCUGUCUGAAAAACCCGAGGAGAAGAAACCAGAGGUGAACAAAGAGAUCUCUGAACAGCACUUUUCAUCGUCAUCUCAGUUGGACCCGCGUGCUGUGGUUUUGAAGGACCCGCACUCUGACCCCUUACCUCAGCUCCUGGACUUUGAUGAGGGGCAGCGGCAGAGGGUGUUUGACAACAAGGUGUUCUGCUGUGGGAUCUGUUUUUCAGAUAAGCUGGGCUCCAACUGUCUCUGCUUCAAGGGGUGCCAACAUGUUUACUGCAAGGUGUGCAUGGCCGAGUACUUUCAGAUUCAAAUACGGGAUGGCAAUGUCCAGUGCCUUAACUGCCCUGAACCCGAAUGUACCUCAUUAGCCACUCCGUCACAGGUGAAGCAGCUUGUGGACGACGAGUUGUUCGCCCGAUACGACCGUUUGCUCCUUCAGUCAAGUUUGGACCUUAUGGCUGACGUUGUCUACUGUCCCCGUCAGUCCUGUGGCACUGCUGUAAUGGUGGAGCCAGACACAACCAUGGGCAUUUGCUCGGUUUGUCAGUAUGCUUUCUGCACGCUGUGCAAGCUGGGCUAUCAUGGUGUCUCCCAUUGUAAAAUAACUGCAGAUGAUCUGCGUAACAUAAGAGAUGAGUACCUGUCAUCCACCUCUGAGGGCCAGAAGUUCAUGGAGCAACGCUUUGGGAAGAGGGUGGUCCAAAAAGCGGUGGAGGAAUCCUUUAGCAGGGACUGGCUCAAAGAGAACUGCAAAUGCUGCCCACGCUGUGGAACCAACAUACAGAAAGUGGAUGGCUGUAACAAGAUGACGUGUACUUCUUGUAAACAGUACUUCUGCUGGCUGUGCCUCGGUGUCCUCAGCAAAGUCAACCCAUACAGUCACUUUAACAACCCACAUUCACCCUGUUAUAACCAACUCUUCCACGGUGUCGAGGAGGACUGGAGCGACGAGGAGGACUGACACCAGAGGAGCGCCUCACAGCUGUACAUGUUACCUAAAUGCACUUUAUCCUUCAUCUCACGACCGUCACUUCAUCUGCCCUGGAGCUCAAAUGCCACUACAGUCGCGUACCUUAACACAGUUGUCAUGUGUUUUGAACGUUGCCAUGCCACAGAGAAGACAACAAGACAGUCAGCUCUGGGAAGUGUUUAUAGUCGCAGUGAAAUAUCAAAAUGCUACGGUUCUUCUGAACAACCUACACACAGCUGUAGGGUGGGUUAGUUGUUGCUAAGGGAUCCAGCAGUUUGUCUAACAAACUUUCUGACUGAAAAUGAAUUAUUUUAAACAUUCAAAACUCAAAUUAAGAGAAGAUUUGACAAAUAAGGUAUGUAGGUUAGAUCCACAAUUUUUAUUCCCACUCUUUUUCUCUGUGUUGGGGCAUUUUCCAGCCUUGUAAUAACCAAGACAAUAUGGAGGAUCCAGUGAACGUUUUAUGUUGAAAAUUUAACUUGCCUGGUCCCGUAUGUGAAAAGUAGAACAUGACAGUUUUGAAAUUCGAGAUAAACUUAACAAAAUAUUUCUGUCCUAUAAGGUAGGGGUAAAAAUGCCAUGACAUGAGUUCCUAACUGAAAUCUGUUUCUCUGCUAUGAUAAAGUCUGAGCACAAUACAACCGUGAACAGUUUGAGUGUCUUUAAAGUUCAGUGCAUUGGCCUUUAUAUUUUGCUGCUGGAAUUAUGAUUAUAGUAUGUGGGGAUGAAAACAGGUGCUUAAGUCAGGGUUUGUGGUGGACCCAUUGCUAAUUGCAAAUACAUUUUUGAAUAAUAAUAGACUAGUGAAUUCACAACUUACGAUUAUUUUUUGUUAUGAUGCCGAAACGUGUGAAAAAGAAGCAAAGAAAUCCAGGAAAAACAUACCAAAUAUCUAUUUAACUUUUUUGUUGAAAAGGAACCCAAUACAACCAGAACAUAAAAUUUGUUCCAUUUUGGCAUGUGAUGUGCUGGUUUUCAACUUCUCACUGAAAACUAUGGGUUUGAAGUUGGUGUGCACUUGGUAAAACAAAUCUUAAUUUCAGCCUUAAAACGCAUGAACUUGCAGUUAGUUUGCAGAAUCAUAUUCAAUAAAUAUUCCAAAAACA